AGAGAGAGAGAGAGAGAGAGUGAGUGGGAAAAUGACAAAUGAAAAAAUCUCGCUCGUUUACAACAUGAACCCAGUGUGUAGCUGAACCAAACAAGAAGAUAAGAGGUCUCUCUCUGUAUAUUGUUUCCAUUCUGUGUCACUAUCAGCCGGAGAGAGAGUGAGAGUUUUUAGAGAGAGAAAGCAAUGGCGGCAUCACCAUUCUCUGCAACAAACUCAAUUUCACAUUCAAAUUCGAUCUCAAGCUUCGUUAGUCUCAGCCAAAGGUACAUGAAUUCGAAGCCGUUACUGAUCAGACCUCCGCGUUCUCGUCGUUCGCGGAAAAGCCUGACUGUGAAGAACAUCGCUAGCGAUCAAAAGCGAUCACUCAAUGACUCUCCUUCCGAAGAAGGAGUUAUUGGCAAUCGCGAUUCCUUCAGGCCAGAUUCUGCAUCUGUUGUGUCAAGCAUCAAGUACCAUGCGGAAUUCACACCGUCAUUCUCUCCAGAGCAGUUUGAGCUUCCUAAGGCGUUCCACGCAACUGCGGAAAGUGUUCGUGAUAUGCUCAUUAUAAAUUGGAACGCGACAUAUGAUUAUUAUGAAAAGAUGAAUGUAAAGCAGGCAUAUUAUUUGUCCAUGGAAUAUCUUCAGGGUAGAGCAUUGCUAAAUGCAAUUGGUAAUUUAGGGCUUUCAGGGGCUUAUGCAGAGGCUUUGAGAAAGCUUGGGCUCAAUCUGGAGGAUGUAGCUAGGCAGGUGGGAUAGUUUCUUUCAUGGAAGAUCACUAUAUUUCAUACUCUCAUUCCACUUGACCAUUGGAAAAUUGUGGUCUU